CACGCAAACCAAGGAAAUGGCCAGGAAGGGAGAGUAUUCAUCAUUUAUUCAUUGAUGGUCAGUCUUGGUGGAUUUAUUGGUUAUUUGAUUACAGCAAUCGAUUGGAAAGCAACCGCAAUUGGUAUUUAUUUUAAAACGCAAGAAAGAACAGUAUUUUCAAUGCUUACAGCAUUGUUCAGUGGUCUGUUAUUAACAACAGUUUGUGUUGCCAAAGAGAGACCAUUAUUGUUAAGAGAUUAUGAUAUACCUGGAAAUUCAAGUGAUACUAUUGUUGAAGUGAGUAGUACCCGGGGGGGAGUUCCGGAGAGAAAAGUCACCAAAAAAAUACUCAAAAAGAAUUUCCGGGGGGAAAAAAUUAACAAUUCUACCGGAUUUGGAUUUAGAUUUAUUUUGACGUUCAAAAUUUUUGUUGCAAUAUUGAAUCUAUUGCGCCUUCUGUGGAUUAGUGUAUAUGAAAAGUUACCGGAACCAUUUCAGAAGCUCUGUGAUAUUCCACAUGUUUUAAGACAACUGGCGCUGGCCCAUUUCUGUAGCUGGACUGCAAUCAUGGGAUUUAACUUGUUUUUUACUGACUUUGUCGGCAAUGCCGUUUACGAAGGAAAUCCCAAUGCCCCAGAAGACUCGUACUUACGGAACAGAUUCGAUGAAGGGGUACGAAUGGGUAGUUGGGGGCUACUUCUUCAUUGUAUAACGUCAGCAUUGUAUGCUGUAUUUGUUGAAAAAUUAGUCGCUCGCUUUGGCUGCAAAUUGACUUACACCUUCGGGAUGACAUCAUUCAUCUUCGCCAUGUUUGGGAUGGUUCUCGUGCAGAAUGUGAUAUUUGUGAAUAUAAUGGCAGGUGUGACAGGCUUUGCUUAUGCCACUGUUUUAACCAUUCCGUUUAUAUUGGUUUCAAAAUACCAUAGUGAAAAAGAGGUGUUUUUUAACGAUGUGAUGCCUCCUGUUUCCCAGUCUUCUCUGCCGGCACCAGCACGAGGCAUAGCAACAGACAUCGCUACACUGGACAGCGCAUAUUUUCUCUCUCAAGUUGUUCUUUCAUGCAUUAUGGGAUAUAUCGUGUACAUGACAGGCUCGGUAUUGUCGUACAUGGUGACAGCUGGUGUGAUGGGCAUUCUUUCUAUAUACUUUAUACAAAAUGUUGUAACGUGUGAACAAGAAAUGAUCGAACGAAAACCGGAUUUGACUGGUAGAAAUCAGCCUAACGGUGUAUUAUGAUAAAAGGAUUAUAGUUAAUCCCUAUAAUUCCUCUGCUGUUGUUUUUAACGGAGUUGCUCAUUAUAAAGAAACCAUUGCAAAAACAACUACUUAAAUAAAACUGUUUGUUCAUGUUUGUCUCUAACAAAUUGUCAGGUCACUGAAUGUCGAUGAUGCAGUGGGUUGUAAAUUUAAAGAUUUUUUUUGUUCAAGACAAUGUUCAAUAUAAAACAAUGAAUUUUGAUUUAAUAUAAUGUAAUAUUAUAUACAAUGUACAUAAAAUAGAAAAAUCGCCUAUUUUGAACAUAUGUUUCAGGUCUAAUUGAUUUUUUUUUAUGACUAAAGAAAAAAAGUAUUUUGUUUUUCCAAGCUUUUAUGAUGAAAACAUAUUAUCUUAUGAAUAAUAAUUAUUAUUCUUGAAGUAUUUGAUUUGCUUUCUUUAUUUAAAUCUUUUUUAAAGAAUACAAAAUACUUUGUAGCUGGAAAAAUAAUGAAUCAGUGAUUUGAAUCUUGUUUUUAUAUGCUGAAUUAUGAUAUAUUUUUUUGUAACUUGGGGACAAAAAUUGUAUUGCAAGAAAAUGCUUUCCACACCAAAUAUUAGAUACCAAGCAAUUAGUACAUAACCUACGCACAGUUCAAGUAAUAUAUGCGGGAUUGUUUAUAAGGGAGUUUUCUUUAUGUAAUUAGAAUUUAAAAUUAUACUGAAAUUUCAUUGUUGUAAUAAUAAAAUUGCUUCUAUUUUUAG